AUGGAUCAAAUGGAACGUUUUUUACCAAAUUUAUCUCAUCUAAAAUAUCUUACAUUACACAUCAAAGGUUCCGUGGAUCUUGCAGAUGGCUAUCGAUGGCAAAAUCUUAGUAAAAAUUUUAACAUAUUCAGCUUUAAAUUCAAAGUUAAUAUCGAGAAUAUUGAACAAAUGCUUAACACAUUUCGUACAUCAUUUUGGCUUGAAGAAAAAUGUUGGUAUGUUGCUUACGACUUACUAUAUCUUUUUUCAGUACCUCAAUAUGGUCCAAAGCAUGUUUUCAACGAUUACAAUCCACAAUAUUUUACAGUACCUAAUCAGACAUUUCUCUACAGAAAUACCACUGAAGUCAUUAUAAGACGAUUUGCAUUUUCAAAUAUACACAUUUUUGAUCAUGUUGAGGCCCUGCAUUUUCUCUAUAAUAACAGUCAGAAUCGACCGUUGACGAUUUUGAAUACUCAACAAAGACAAGAUUUUGAGCCCAACUGGCUAAACUGUAUACAAUUGUUACCUUUCGAUUUACGCAAAAUGCCCCGUCGUUAUAAGCUAUCAUUUACUGUCGAUUUAACCCAAAAUUUUAUUGAUCAGUUUCGUGGUAAACGAUACGAAAAUAUUCGAUCUCUUGAAAUUUUCACUUCAACCAAAAUCACUCGUUUCAUCAUUGAAGAUAUAUUGCAUAUAUUUCCUCAUGUUGAAUGUUUACAAAUAUCAAAGAUCAAUUCGAUUUCGGAUAUGAUUCGUUUAAUCGAUGGAUUCAAAUACUUGUCCAAUGCAUCUUUUACUAUUAAAUCAAAAUUCACCGAAAAUGAACGAAAUUGGUUUCAAAAUCCAGAAUUAUCUAUCCGUCGAGUUCGACGACUUAGUAAUACAAACUUUACAUGUCGGUUCUAUCGUGAGUUUAGACACGCAUCAUCUUGCACUGUUCAUGUUUGGAUUAAUAGACAGACAUCACAAUCAUUUUGGAUUGCACAUUGGCCUCCACGAUGUGGACGUCGUUAUCACGAAUUAAUGAGACUUGUAUCUCGCCAUUCCGAUGUUACUUGCUCACAGGAUGAUGAUGAUGCACAAAUAAGUGACGAUGAUACUCGUGAUUAUGAUCAUACGUUCUUCGAUCUUAGCCCUAUUCCGACGCUAUAUCAGAAUGAAGCUGCUGCUAUUGAUUCUUUUCGUACAUGUUUUACGAAACGAUACAAUAGUUGUCCACAAUUUUUCGCAGGUUCUCUUCAAGCUGCUUGUGAAACAGCUUUCACUUCAUCUGCAAUUGAAAACAGCUUACCAGUGCUCGUGUACAUACAUCAUGAUAAAAACAUGUUUAGUGAUAUGAUUUGUUCGAAAAUAUUCUGUUCAGAGAUUAUUAUUGAAUAUUUACUUGAAAACUAUAUUGUUUGGCCAUGGGACAUAACAGUUGAAUCAAACAGAAAUAGAUUGAUAGAGGUCUGGGAAGAAAUGUUUCCUACUCACGGAUCUUGUAGUUUUUCAAUGGAACAAUGUCCAAUGUUUAUUGGUAUAAUGCGGCGAUCAGCAAGAAACAAACACUGGUCAAAAUCAUCUGAAUAUGAGUUCACAUCAUUGAUCAAAGAUAAUGUCUUAAUAGGUGCUGAUGUUAAGACAGCUCGUGAAAUAUUACUACAUGAAUUGAUGGAUUUUAAAGAAAAGCAUGAUGAGAAUGAACAAACUUUAGUAAGUUGA